UCUUGCACUCCCUAGGAUAGAAUGUGUGCGAAUGCGUCGAUGCGUACUAACUAUCUCGCUUCUCGUAUCUCAUAUAUAUCGCUUGUUGAUGCUAUUCGUUUUUCGUGAAUCCAUCACAAACGUCAAAAGCGGUCUCGUUGUACUAUUCACGUUGGAAUAUAGCAUUUUGCUCAGCACGCGUCGUAGGAACACUACGGAGAGGUUCAGACAGGAUUAACUCAUUCACGGACAGUCGGACGUUGUCAUUUCAAAACGGAAGCCAUCUUGUGGCUGAGCCUCCCAUAUUAUACGGGAAUAAUAGUCCACUGACUAUUUGUUCCGAUAAAUUUCUCCGCACCUUUUCUAAUACGUCUAGACUAUGCAUGAACCAUUUUAUCACGUGUUCACAUAGCCAUGGCUGCGACGAGAAAGUUGCAAGGUGAAAUAGAUCGGUGCCUUAAAAAAGUAACAGAGGGUGUGGAGACCUUUGAAGAUAUCUGGCAGAAAGUUCAUAAUGCCACUAACAGCAAUCAGAAAGAAAAAUACGAGGCUGACCUUAAAAAGGAAAUCAAGAAACUUCAAAGGUUACGCGAUCAGAUCAAAAGCUGGAUCGCGUCGGGUGAGAUCAAGGAUAAGAGCACGCUUCUCGACUAUAGGAAACUAAUCGAGACUCAAAUGGAAAGAUUCAAAGUCGUGGAGAGGGAAACAAAAACAAAGGCUUAUUCAAAAGAAGGCUUGGGCGCGGCGCAAAAACUAGAUCCAGCCCAGAAGGAGAGAGAAGAAGUCAGUAAUUGGCUGGCCAAUUCUAUAGAUUCUCUUAAUCUACAGCUGGAUACAUUCGAAUCGGAAAUAGAGUCGUUAUUGGCGGGGAAGAAAAAAAGGUUAGACAAAGAUAAACAAGAUAGGAUGGACGAGUUGAAGGCGAAACUCGAUAAACACCGCUAUCAUAUCCGUAAAUUGGAAACAUUGUUACGUAUGCUCGACAAUAUGUCUGUCGAAGUCAACACAAUUAAGAGGAUAAAAGAGGACGUUGAAUAUUAUAUUGAAUCUUCGCAAGAACCAGAUUUCGAAGAAAACGAAUAUAUUUAUGACGAUAUUAUCGGCCUUGAUGAAGUUGAGUUAUCCGGGGUUGGCAUCCCUUCAUCAGCAACGACGGAUAGUAACAACAGCAACGAGACCGGGGGUACGCCAACUUCAACCAAUUCCUGUACUUCGCCUUCCGCUAUACCAUCGCCGCCGUUGAGCUCUACGCUACAUAAUCAUUCGAGCGACAGUUCUACGGAGAAUGACAAGAAAACAAAGCCUGUGAAACCGACAGCUGUCAGGCCGUUACUGAAUACGCAAGCGAGCAUUCCAACCACGGGAAGCACUGCCACCAUCAAAUCGAACAUGUUACCGAGCAGCACUCCGAGUAAAACCAUUCCCAUGACACCUAGCCAUAGCUCGCCUAGUUCUACGAGCAAUCACAUCGCCACGACUAACGCCGGCAAUUUUGCCACCGUAGCUGCCUCGCACAGUAAUUCGCAAGCCAUUCAUUCUACCUCUAAUAAAACAUCCAGUCAUAACAGCGAAAAUGGUAUUUUGUCGUCAUCGUCAUCGUCGUCUACGUCCAACGUUACGACCAAUGUGCCACAAACAGUCGCGCAGCAGCACAAUAAUAAUCCGCCGCCGCCGCCGCCGCCGACACAGACGACGCAUGUACUGCACAGCCAGCAAAGUCAAAAUCAUAAUAGCGAAACGGAGAUCGUUACGCCGGUACCACCAUCCUCUUCGCCGCAGUCGUCCGUUAGCAGUAGAUCCUCACCGCUGCCCGCGAAUUCCUGCUCGCCAGCACCGUCCACUGCCAAUGGUCUCAUCCCUAAACUUCCCGACGGCAUGUCCUCCCUAAAAUCCAUCGCCCAACAAGUCAUUGUCCGAGCAGGUCUGGAGAUGCCACCCUCCGAGCCGAAUCGAAACAUUUUCGAUAGUGCCAAGACGAACAGCAAUAACAACAACAAUGCUACAUCGGAAGCAAACAUUCCUCCCUUGCUCGGUGUCGCGCCUCUCGGGCCUGUACCUCUACAAAAAGAACACCAGUUACAGUUUCAAAUGAUGGAAGCUGCCUACUAUCACAUGCCGCAUCCAUCCGACUCCGAAAGAUUACGUUCGUACUUGCCGAGAAAUACAUGUGCAACUCCACCUUAUUACCAGCAGAUCCAGCUUCCACACUCGGAUACUGUGGAGUUCUUCCAACGUCUUUCUACGGAAACUUUAUUCUUCAUAUUUUAUUAUAUGGAGGGCUCUAAGGGACAGUAUUUGGCAGCAAAAGCACUAAAAAAACAAAGUUGGAGGUUUCAUACCAAGUACAUGAUGUGGUUUCAAAGGCACGAGGAGCCGAAAGUUAUCAACGAGGAAUUCGAACAGGGAACGUACAUCUAUUUUGAUUACGAGAAAUGGGGACAGAGGAAAAAAGAAGGCUUUACUUUUGAGUACAAGUACUUAGAAGACAGAGACCUGAAUUAACAGUUCCGUCGCUCGUUUUGUCUUCGGAAUACGCCGUUCCUGUACCGGUAUUGUGUACCCAAAGGAGAAAUUUCGCGGAAUAUGUUUCUGUUCCUUGGUAAUGGGAUAUGUAAGAAGGAGAAAAAUUAAAUCACGAGGAACAAACUCGUGAAUACAAUGCAAUGAAGGCAUUUCAUUAUAUUUUGACGCCGCGACGAUACAACAAUCUUUUAAUCGAUCUUUUCCUCGAAAGUAAACUGCGAGAUAGAUCACAUAAAAAGAACGAAAAGAAACGGACUAACGACGAGACAAAGAGCUAGAUCAGUCCGCAGGAAGUAAAAUGCUAAUAAUUAUUAUUAUAAAUGAUUACAAUAUGUAUAUGUAUGUAUGUAUAUAUAUAUAUAUAUAUAUAUAUAUAUAUAUAUAUAUAUAUACGUGUGUGUAUGUGUGUGUACACGCGUAUACACACAUAUAUAUACAUAUAUAUAUACGCGCGCGCGAAAACGAAAACAGGACGAGUGAAACAGAAUGAAAGGUAAAAAGUACUAGAGAACAUUUGGAGUUAUACAGUGUGCUGUAUGUGAUAACGAAAAGAGGACUUUAAGGCGGAAGAAUAGGAGAGAAGGGAGGUAAUUGCACUAGUUGGCGACUGAUUCUGUAAUACCAGUACAAAAAUGCGUGCGGCCCACCCGCCGUCUGCUAAGGUGGAGGGCGCUCAUGCUAUGGUACAUCUUAAUGUUAGAUUAUAAGUAGCCUUUUUGUAUAAAGUGUAUCGAGGUAUAAAACUCUUAAAUUCAAUUACUGUACAGAAUGUGUAGAAAUAGUGAAUAAUAAUACUAUGGAAUAUAUUUUA